AUGUACUUCCUGCUGGCCAACCAAGCUUUCAUAGAUAUUAGUGAUUCUACAGUCAGUGUGCCGAAGAUGCUGUUGGGUCUCCUCUCCCAGCACAAAACCAUCUCAUUCAAUGAGUGCAUCCUCCAGACAUUCUUCUUCCAAUUCAUUGCUGGUGCUAUGGUCUUUUUACUUGUGGUGAUGGCUGCCGAUAGGUACGUGGCCAUCCAUAAACCAUUGCAAUACUUGACUAUUAUGAACCGGGGUGUGUGGGGGGGAUUAGUGGCAGGCACAUGGAUGGGUGGAUUGGCUCCCUCUGCUAUUCAGAUUGGACUGGUCCUCCAGUUACCAUUCUGUGGGUCAAAUGUCCUGGACAAUUUCUACUGUGAUAUCCCACAAGUUGUCAAACUGGCCUGCACCGACACCUACCUGUUCGAAUUGCUUAUGGUCUCCCAAAGUGGAGUACUUGCCAUAAUUAUCUUCAUUCUCCUGCUCAUUUCAUACACACUCAUCUUAGUCAAGAUAAGGACACACCUCAAGGAAGGGAAGCGCAAGGCUCUCUCCACCUGCGGAACGCAGAUCAUGGUUUUGUAUUUAAUAUUCAUACCCUUCAUCUUCAUCUACGCUUGA